AUGCUCCACAGGGUGCAGUUGGCCCUAGCAAGCGUAUUCACUACUGUGUACGAUCCAGAUUCACUGUUUACUUUGGCGUGGGAAACGUGGCUGUUCAUGGUGAUGACGACGCAGUGGGUGCUAGUGAUGUUCCAGUCGUGCUUCCCUCUGGAGGAAGGACAUAAUAAGGUGGACUCACUCAUGGUCUUCUUAGAGUGUUCGUUUCUCCUGGACGUUUUCAUUCGCUCACGACUUGGGUUCUACGAGUACGGGAAUAAAAUCAUGGAUAUCCACCGCAUCAAGCACCAGUACUUCCGAUCGGGGGCUUUCGCUUUGGAUAUCAUCGCGCUAUUGCCGCUUUAUGCUGUGAGUUGGGGCAUAGAGUCGUACCAGCGAUGGGACCUCCUGAACGUCAUCAAACUUCUGCGAUUGUUCAAAGUUCCCAAGCAACUUCACGCACUCGAGACGCGGUACCUUAAGCGAACGACGGUGCUGCAUCUGUUCAAACUGCUCUACUACACGUUCAUGCUCUCGCACAUUCUGGGCUGCAUCUGGUUCAACUUUGCGUCGGGAGUAGCCACCCCCAAAUUCAGAGACAGCUCAGCCCCGACCGCCACCCAGACGGCAUUGGGUGAGAACCUGUGGCUGCCAUCCAAGAAGCUGGAAAAUGGGUCGCUCAUGCUCCAGUACAUGGCGUCUCUCCGUUGGUCGUUCGGUCUCAUGUCGUCUUCAGGCGAGUCCGAGUACCCACAGACCACGGCCCAAUGCAUUUUCAGCGUUGUGACCAUGACCGCGGGCGUUUUCCUGUUUGCGUACGUGAUUGGUAAUUUUACCGAUAUUAUCGAGCUCACAAGCUCCGAGAGCAGAGAAUUCGAUGUCAAAAUGGAGGCAGCACAACAAAUGCUAGACCAUUUCAAGAUCCCGACUAUCCUCCAGGAGCGGGAGCAUCUGCUCGGAGAGUGUUUGCCACCGUCCUUGCUGACGGAUAUCCGCCUUGUAUACCUAAAGCCCAUGAUCGAGAAAGUGGAUUUCCUCGCGGGAAUGGAGAUAUCCAUCACGCGAAUGCUGGUGUCCCAGUUCACGCAGGUGCUGGUUUCUCGUGGCGAGUUUGUUUUCAGGUUCGGGGACUGCGGCAGCGACAUGUUCUUCGUAUUCACGGGCAUCCUCGACGUUCUGCUGCCCAUGCAGCUAGCCAAACGUUCCAGACCCACGUUCAGAGCUGUAGCAGACACUGUAGCAAGCAAGGAGAACGCGUCCUCCCAGGCUGGACCGACACCGGAGGAUAUCGAUAACAGCUUGCAGCAGAUCAGUAUUCCAGGCCAACUGAAGAAGAUGAACGAGAUAUCCGCUGGCAGAUAUUUUGCUGAGAACGGAUUAUUCACGAAUGGGGAACGGGACGCCUACAUCCAGGCUCGGACGUCGUGCAUCCUCAACACUGGGAGCAGCAGUCGGAUCCUCCCAGUUCCGACGUCGGUGGGUUUGGUAGACCAGCAGGUUCAGAAGCCUCUUCUUCGGUUGGUCGAUAAGUUUCUUCACGGGGUUCCAGUGCAGAGCAAGUUCCACCACUUUUGGCUGCGGUUCAUCAUUUGCUGCACCAUGUUUGUCGCCGUUAUGACCCCCUACCAGCUCACGAUAGACGCUAUGGAUCGCACAGCGGUCGUCCCCGUUCUCGUAAUUAUCAUAGGGAUCCUUUGCGAAGUCGCUUUCGUCGUGGAUCUUUGGUUUAGCUGGCACGUGCGUGAGUCCCAGGCGUCAAUGGAACUGUAUGACCAAAAGCUGCGGAGCGUGUACAGGAAGGAGCGGAUGCUCUGGGAUAUCCUCGCCGCCAUUCCGUUCUACGAUGUGCUGGCAGUACUGGGCUGCAGUGCGUGGUUCAAAUUGCUACGUUGCAUCAAGAUUUUCAACCUCGGCAGCUACUUCAACGAGCUAAACCGACGUAGCAUUUCCAACGAGACAACCAGCUUUUGGCACGUCUGGAUGGGGUAUUUGUUGGUCAUCUACUGGGUGGCGUGUGCGUAUCUGGCAGUGUCGAUGGACGCAGGCUUCGGAGCAGAGUGGGAAGGGUAG